AUGAAGGAUUUGCAUAUCUUACCUCUUCUCUCCCUGGUAUCGCUGGCAGCGGGCCACGGUGCUGUUACAAGCUACGUCAUCGGCGGAAAGACAUACAAUGGCUACGACGGGUUCGCGCCAUCGACUUCUGGACCGACCAUCCAGCGGCAAUGGCCCGACUACAAUCCGAUCCUGUCAUCGACCAGCCCUAUGAUGACGUGCAACGGUGGCACAUCAGCACAGCUCUCGGCACCUAUCGCUGCGGGUGACAAUAUCACGGCAGUGUGGAAGCAAUGGACGCAUCAACAGGGCCCUGUGAUGGUGUGGAUGUACAAGUGUGAAGGUGACUUCUCGUCGUGUACAGGAUCUGGCAAGAACUGGUUUAAGAUUGAUCAACUGGGCCUUACUGCGCCACCUCUCACAAGUGCCAACUGGGGCACUGCGGUGGUGUGUAAGAACCUCAAAUGGUCCAGUGUCAUUCCCAAGCAGCUUGCGCCAGGGAACUAUCUGAUCCGCCAUGAACUGCUAGCUUUGCACCAGACCAAUACGCCACAGUUCUACCCGGAGUGUGCCCAGUUGGUGGUGUCGGGUAGUGGUACGGCACUGCCCCCGGCGAACCACAUGUAUAGCAUUCCGACAUAUGCAUCUAUGACCGACCCCGGAGUGAUGGUAAGAACCCCUGUGCUUCAAAAGCUCGUGCGACUGCUUUGCAUCCUGCCGUCAUGCCCUUUCUGGCGUCUUGGGGACUAA